AUGGCCGUGCCUUCUUUGCAAGCCCGCGUGGCGUGCCGACUGCUCCGGCAACCCGAGGAAGGCGACCUCGUGCUCGGGGGUAGCAGCGACCCUAAACGGCCCAUCUUCCAGCGGAGCCGCUGCAAGCAGGAGGCUGUCAACGUCGGCCUCGGUGGACUGGAGAACUCCGUGAGCUUUGGCAAUAGCGUUCGCUUCAGUCAAGCCGGGGGGCAAGCACAAGACGCCAAAGACCGGGCGAUCCUGGUGCAGACCGCCGGCAAUGUGGAAGCCCUGCUCAGUGCAGGCCUUUCGCUGCGGGCGCCUCUCGACAAGGAGUCGCUGAAUCCCGGGGCUUUCGGGGAGAACCUCUUCCUCGACUCGGGGCUGAGUUCCGAGACUCUCUGUGUGGGCGACGAGCUUGAAUGCUGGCGCAAUGACGCGCAGCAGCCCUUGCGGCUGCAGGUUUCCAGCCCUCGCCUCCCUUGCCAAAAAGUGGACCAAAUGCUUGGGAAGACCUUCACUGCAGAUGGUGUGCGCGCCCACUGUGCCCGGACAGGAAGGGCUGGGUUCUUCUUGCGCACGCUGGUUCCUGGGGACCUGCGAGAAGGGGACAUCUUGCAGCUGGCAGCGCGGCCCAACCCGGACUGGACUCUUUCCCGCGUCAGCUCCCUGAUGUACGGCAACCGCAAGGUGGUUAUGGAGUACAGCAUGCGUGGCCGAGAAGCUGCCAAAAACGGACACACCCCGGUCAUAUCGAAGGAGGAGUUCAUGGGCACGGAGCAAGAACUUCGCGAGCUCGCUGCCCUACCCGAGCUCAGCAUCUUUGAAUGGAAGGAGUACGCCGUCCGUGCACUGGAUGGGGCUCCCAUCGGCCGGUACCGGCGCAGACAGUCCCUGGCCCUUCCGCUUGUCCUGACGCUUGGCGUCGCUGCAACACUUGCCGUGGCCCUGAUUGUACAGCGCCGGAGCACUGCCAAGUGA